AUGCGAUCUCAUACUCCAGCCUCUGAAGAAUAUUUUCAGAAUGCAGUCAGGGUCAAACAAAAAAAGCCAGUCGUCAAUCCUUAUCCCAAGAAAAAGCCAACCCAAUCAUUCUCAAAAACUAGUUCCCUUGCUGCAGUGGAUUCCGAACGCCUGAUUGACUGUGGAUUUGUUCUAUACAUAAAUAACAAACUCCAACGCGAUACCAGGAUUCUGAAUGUGAAGCAAAAAGUUGACAUUAACAACCCAAACCUCUUUCAGCAUAUUCUGGACACCCUCUGGGAAUUAUUCCUUGACAAACUUCAUUCCAAGUCUCUAAUUGAUCAGCUACCUGAAAAUUCUGAAGACUUUGUCAGUCUUUUGCAAGGAAAAAGUUGCCUCACCACCCAAGAAGCUCUAGUUUAUAUCAUUAAGAAAUCAAACAAUAGAAAGCCUGUUCAAAUUGACAUUGUAUACCAACACCAAUUUGUCAGUCCUGAAUCCUCUGAAUACAAAAAUAUGUCUUCCAAUGAGAACACAAAAUUAACAAAGCCAGCAACUCAAUCUUUGCAAAAUAAUACGAUCUCAAAAUCUGCAACCAAGUCCAAGCUGUCAACUUCGUCUUCCAGAAAAAAUACCGUCUCACGCUCUCCAGCAAAAUCCCAGAUUCAAUCAAAGUCCAAUGUUAACAAGUACCUUGAUAUUGAUUCCUCCAACAAUGAUAUUUCUUCUGAUGAAAAUGUGAUUUUCAAAAGGCCAUCAACUCAUUCUCCAGUCAAAAAAAUUAGCAACUCUGAGCAGGUUACAGUUGGGGGGCAAUGGGCUGCUGGUGGUCUUGCAAAUACAAUGCCACAAAGUGGAACUAAGGGCCUUUCUACCCAGUUACGAGUUCUUGGUUGUGGAAAUCACCAGCUCAUCAAAAUUGAUACUGACGGAUGGAUUAAUGCUCAUUGCUUUGUAUUCAAGACUUUUGCUGCCACUGAAAUUGGAACGCUCAAGGCCAAAUUUCAACCUCUCACAUUGAAAGUCUAUAGCAAUCCAAUUGUUGGUUCCGGAAGUAUGCGACGUGCAUUAAAAGCUGAAGUAAAAACAAUGGAAAAUGGCUCUGAAUGUAUCAAAGAAUAUGUUGCUAAGAUAUGA